CAAGAUAGUGUCCGUGGGAAUGUCCACGGUCAGUCAGAGGAGGACAUGCAGGCAGAGCCGCUCAUUGUAGUCGGAAGAAUGUUGUCUUUUUCGCGGGGACUCGGCGGAAGCGGGUAAUAACAAGAGUUGUGUUGAGAUAAUGGCGGAGCGUGAAGGGGGAGCAACAAGACGAGUGUGUCACAUGGCCGCCACCGCGCCACCUUUCACCUGCUUUCGGACGCUGUGAAGACGCAGGGGCGACAUGUCCAGAGACGGCAUGACGGCCGUACGAGGAGCCCACUCACCGGCGCAUAAAGAGAACGGCCACGCCGCACCGAGCGCCUCCCAGGCCGGCGCCCGCUCCCAGCGCCCCUCUGCGGGGAACACGCCCGACGACACCCCGGGCUCGGCCACCGGCCAGCUGACGCAGACCUGGCUCGACUUGGCCAGGACCUUCGUGCUCAUUUUCCCCGUUUACGCGCUGGGAUACUUUGACUUCAGCUUUAGCUGGAUGUUGAUCGGACUUGUGGUUUAUUUCUGCUGGAGGAGAAACGCGGGGGGGAAGAGAAGCCGCCUCAACCGAGCCUUGACGUUCCUGGAGCGCGAAGACAGCAGCCUCGCACCGGGUCCGACCAUCUCGGACCUGCCGCCGUGGGUCCACUUCCCAGACGUGGAGCGUGUGGAGUGGCUAAACAAGACGCUGAAGCAGAUGUGGCCGUACAUCAGCAAGUAUGUGGAGAAGUUGUUCCGAGAGACGGUGGAGCCAGCGGUGAAGAAGUCCAAUGUCCACCUCAGCACUUUCUACUUCAGCAAGAUGGACUUUGGAGACAAACCUGUCAGGAUCAACGGGGUCAAGGUUUACUCUGAGAACGUGGACAGAAGACAGAUCGUCAUGGACCUACAGAUCAGCUUUGUAGGCAACACGGAGGUGGAGGUGGACGUCAAGCGUUACUACUGCAAAGCGGGCAUCAAAAGUAUUCAGAUACACGGUGUGCUGCGAGUCCUGAUGGAGCCGUUGCUGGGUGACGCUCCCCUGGUCGGAGCUCUGUCUCUCUUCUUCCUCAAGAAACCUCUCGUUGACAUCAACUGGACAGGCCUGACUAAUUUACUGGACAUUCCUGGGCUCACUGGCCUCUCCGACAGUCUGAUUGAAGACAUCAUCUCCUCCUAUCUGGUCUUACCCAACCGCAUCACCGUGCCCCUGCUCGGGGACGUGGAACUGGCCCAGCUGCGCUUCCCCAUGCCGAAGGGUGUUCUGAGGAUUCACUUUUUGGAGGCUCAGGAUCUGGAGGGCAAGGAUAAGUUCCUGGGCGGGCUCAUCAAAGGCAAGUCGGACCCUUACGGCAUGCUGCAGAUCGGCAACCAGCUCUUCCAGAGCAAGACCAUCAAGGAGAGCCUUCAUCCCAAAUGGAACGAAGUCUACGAGGCGUUGGUGUACGAGCAUUCGGGUCAACACCUGGAGAUCGAGUUGUUUGACGAAGAUCCCGACAAAGACGAUUUCCUGGGAAGCCUGAUGAUCGACUUGAGCGAGCUGCACAGAGAACAGAAGGUAGACGAGUGGUUCGACCUGGAGGAAGCGCCCACCGGGAAGCUCCACUUGAAGCUGGAGUGGCUCUCUCUGCUGUCCACGUGCGAGAAGCUGGAGCAGGUGCUGCGAAGCGUGCGCGCCGACAGAAGCCUGGCCAACGACGGCCUGUCGUCAGCACUGCUGGUGGUCUAUCUGGACUCCGCUAAGAACCUUCCAAGCAUCUUCAGCGGCAGUUUAGGAUGUGGAAAUUUAAGCGAGAGACGAGCGUCGGGUCUGGUGUUUUGCGAGAGCAGCGGCUCAGAGUACCGCCGCAUCGGCAACAACCUAUCAGAUUUCAGCUGUGACGGGUUGAAACACGUCUUUAAGGCCCUGAAGUCUGCCAAGAAGAGCAGCAGUGAGCCAAGUCCUUACGUCCAGUUGACUGUCGGUCACAAGACGCAGGAGAGCAAGAUCCGCUACAAGACCAAAGAGCCCUUGUGGGAGGAUUCUUUCUCCUUCCUCGUUCACAAUCCCAGGAGGCAGGAGCUGGAGGUGGAGGUGAAAGACGACAAGGCCAAAUGCACUUUAGGGACUCUCAGCGUGCCCUUGAGCGGUCUACUUGCUGAGGACGACAUGACCCUGACACAGUGCUUCCCGCUGAGGAACUCCGGCCCCAGCUCCAGCAUCAAACUGAAAAUGGCCCUGAGGAUCCUGUCACUGGAGAAGCAGGUCUCCUCCGACCAGCCCUCCCUGGUCAAUGUCCGGAAGUCCAGUCUCCCCCACGCGUCCGCGGCGGCUUCCCCGAGAGUGUCCACCUCCGACUCGCCGCCGCCCACGCACACCUCCUCCCUCACGCUGCACCACAGGGAUGGCGAGCCGUACGCAGCCAGCCCCCUGCGCUCCACCUCCAGCCUGACCGUGGGAAUGUCUGCGUCCCAGAAGCACCUGGCUCACAGGGAGUCCACGCCCAGUCUGGCCUCAGACAUCUCGCUGCCCUUCGCCACCUUGGAGCUCCAGCAGCGAAUGCAGCUGAUCCACAAUGGCUCCGCCCCCAGCCAGUUCCCCCUGGGUGAGGUCCAGCUGACGGUUCGACACAGCGCCCAGAGGAACAAACUCAUCGUGGUGGCCCACGCCUGCCGUAACUUGAUCGCCUUCACCAAAGACGCCUCUGAUCCCUUCAUCCGCCUCUAUCUGCUGCCUGACAAGAGCCGCUCGGGCAGGAGGAAGACCAGCACCAUGAAGAGGACCCUCAACCCUGUUUAUGAUCACACCUUUGAGUACAGUGUGUCUACUGUGGAGCUCCACAGAAGAACUCUGGAUGUAGCAGUGAAGAACAGAGGGAACAUCUUGUCCAAACACAAAGGCCUCUUUGGAAAAGUGUUGGUGGAUUUAUGUGGGGACGAUAUAGCAAAAGGAUGGACACAAUGGUAUGAGCUGAGUGAAGACGGCUUGUCGAGUAAAGGAAGUGUCCAAGGCACUGUUACAUAAUGUGCUUUUAAUACUUUUAUCUAUGUACAUUUGUUAUAUAGUUUACAGGACUCCUUUUCAGCACGUGUUCCUAAUAUGAAGGCUGUAAUAUAAUUGUCAUGAAAAGAGGCACUUGUGUGUUUCUGUUGUUGUUACGUGUGUGUUGCAACUUGCACGGCGUUGUAAAUGAGUCAAAGUUGUUUUUGGUGUGCGUCCAACAUUUCAAACUCUUACAGUACCAAAGGAACACGGUCCGACCCACAAGUUGGCCAUGUAGCAGAUAACCAUCUUUCUGGUUUUGUUUCCUGCAGUGUUUUUUUUGUUUUUUGUUGCUUGAUUUCAGACGUGGAACACACUUACACGCAAAGACAAAAACACAAACGCUCUGUGAAUUUUUCUGGUGGACUUUGUGCAACAUGCAUGGUCUCACGUAUGAGAAGAGCUGUUGGCCCUCUGUGGGGCUGUAUUUAAAAAAAAAAGGAAGAAUUUCAAUAGAUACUUGAAAUUGGAUAUGAUGUGAGGCAUAAAUAAAAUAAAAAUACGGACAACUGUUAAUGUAUUUUAAUAUGCAGGGCUGCCAGCAGUUAUAACUGUUUGUGUUUAUUGAAGCUUUUAAAAAACAACUUGUUAUCUAUCCUGUGCCUUAAAAACAUCACCAAGUAAUUUUGCCUUCUUAAACUUGUUGAUUUUGAAUGAUACGCGGCUUUUAUUGAAUAAAUUGUGUCUUUUGAGAA